UUCGCCCUGCCAUCCUCGGCGAGUCAAGGCUUCGCUCUGGCAGGAGGAAUUUCGGGGGGAAGAGAAAAAGCUGUGCUCAACUCCAUCGUGACCUCAAACUCUCUGGACUGUGCGUGUUGAAAUCAUCUGGAAAGAAGAGCCGCCGUCCAAGAAAGCCAGCAGCGGAGGAGAUGGAAGUUUUCCCCUUGGUCUUGGUGUUGUCCGUGUGGUGGUCUCGAACCUGGGACGCCGGGAAUGCGGAUUCGAUCAUCCACAUCGGAGCAAUUUUUGAUGAAUCUGCCAAAAAGGAUGAUGAGGUGUUUCGCACAGCAGUUGGUGACCUCAACCAGAAUGAGGAGAUCUUACAGACUGAGAAAAUCACAUUUUCAGUGACAUUUGUUGAUGGCAACAACCCAUUUCAAGCGGUUCAAGAAGCCUGUGAACUUAUGAAUCAAGGCAUCUUGGCUCUGGUCAGCUCCAUUGGCUGCACAUCAGCAGGAUCCCUCCAGUCUUUGGCAGAUGCUAUGCAUAUCCCCCACCUCUUCAUCCAGCGAGCAACAGCUGGGACCCCAAGGAGUGGCUGUGGACUCACCCGGAGCAACAGGAAUGAUGACUACACACUCUCUGUUCGCCCACCUGUCUACUUAAAUGAGGUUAUCCUGAGAGUGAUCACAGAAUAUGCCUGGCAGAAAUUCAUCAUAUUCUAUGACAGUGAAUAUGAUAUCCGUGGAAUACAAGAGUUUCUGGACAGAGUAUCUCAGCAGGGGAUGGAUGUUGCACUUCAAAAGGUAGAAAACAACAUCAAUAAAAUGAUCACCACUCUCUUUGAUACCAUGAGAAUCGAGGAACUGAAUCGCUAUCGAGACACUCUUAGGAGAGCCAUCCUCAUUAUGAAUCCCGCCACAGCCAAAUCCUUCAUUACUGAGGUUGUGGAGACUAAUUUGGUUGCUUUUGACUGUCACUGGAUCAUUAUAAAUGAGGAAAUAAAUGACAUGGAUGUACAAGAACUUGUAAGAAGGUCAAUUGGAAGGCUAACUAUCAUUCGGCAGACAUUCCCAGUCCCCCAGAAUAUAAGUCAGCGAUGUUUCCGUGGCAACCAUCGAAUAUCUUCAACAUUGUGUGAUCCAAAAGACCCAUUUGCUCAGAAUAUGGAGAUUUCAAACCUUUACAUCUAUGACACGGUGCUUCUGCUUGCUAAUGCUUUCCAUAAGAAGCUGGAGGACCGGAAGUGGCACAGCAUGGCGAGCCUGUCAUGCAUCAGGAAGAACUCCAAGCCCUGGCAGGGGGGGCGGUCCAUGCUGGAAACCAUCAAGAAGGGUGGAGUUAGUGGGUUGACUGGAGAGCUAGAAUUUGGAGAAAAUGGAGGCAAUCCCAACGUCCACUUUGAAAUUCUUGGAACCAAUUAUGGAGAGGAGCUUGGCCGAGGCAUUCGCAAACUUGGGUGCUGGAAUCCUGUCACAGGGCUGAACGGGUCGCUGACUGACAAGAAACUGGAGAAUAACAUGCGCGGCGUGGUCCUCCGCGUGGUGACCGUGCUGGAAGAACCUUUUGUAAUGGUCUCUGAAAAUGUCCUGGGUAAGCCCAAGAAAUACCAGGGCUUCUCCAUUGAUGUUUUGGAUGCCUUAUCUAACUACCUGGGAUUUAACUACGAUAUUUAUGUUGCACCGGAUCACAAAUAUGGAAGCCCACAGGAAGAUGGAACAUGGAAUGGCUUGGUAGGAGAACUAGUCUUUAAGAGAGCGGACAUAGGGAUUUCUGCUUUAACCAUCACCCCAGAUCGAGAGAAUGUGGUGGACUUUACAACACGUUACAUGGACUACUCAGUGGGAGUACUACUUCGAAGAGCUGAAAAGACAGUGGAUAUGUUUGCCUGUCUUGCACCAUUCGAUCUCUCUCUAUGGGCUUGCAUUGCUGGCACAGUCCUUCUUGUGGGGCUUCUGGUCUACCUUUUGAAUUGGCUUAAUCCCCCACGAUUACAAAUGGGAUCAAUGAGUUCUACUACUCUCUACAACUCCAUGUGGUUUGUGUAUGGAUCCUUUGUACAGCAAGGUGGGGAGGUUCCAUACACAACUCUGGCUACCCGAAUGAUGAUGGGGGCUUGGUGGCUAUUUGCUUUGAUUGUCAUCUCAUCUUACACAGCAAACCUUGCUGCUUUCCUCACUAUCACCCGCAUUGAAAGCUCCAUCCAGUCUCUCCAGGACCUUUCCAAGCAGACAGACAUUCCUUACGGCACGGUCCUGGACUCUGCAGUGUAUGAGCAUGUGCGUAUGAAGGGAAUGAAUCCUUUUGAGAGGGACAGCAUGUAUUCCCAAAUGUGGCGGAUGAUCAACCGAAGCAAUGGAUCAGAGAAUAAUGUUCUGGAGUCCCAAGCAGGCAUUCAAAAGGUAAAAUAUGGAAACUAUGCUUUUGUGUGGGAUGCAGCUGUAUUGGAGUAUGUGGCUAUCAAUGACCCAGAUUGCUCCUUUUAUACCAUUGGGAACACUGUUGCUGAUCGGGGAUAUGGAAUUGCAUUGCAGCAUGGCAGUCCUUACCGGGAUGUUUUCUCACAAAGGAUCCUGGAGCUUCAGCAGAAUGGCGACAUGGACAUCCUGAAGCACAAGUGGUGGCCAAAGAACGGCCAGUGUGACCUGUACUCCUCAGUGGACACAAAGCAGAAAGGAGGUGCCCUGGACAUAAAGAGCUUCGCAGGGGUUUUCUGCAUCCUGGCUGCUGGGAUUGUCCUCUCCUGCUUGAUAGCCAUGCUGGAGACGUGGUGGAACAAGAGGAAAGGCUCCAGGGUCCCAUCCAAAGAGGAUGACAAGGAAAUUGACCUGGAGCACCUCCAUAGACGUGUAAAUAGCUUGUGCACAGAUGACGACAGCCCCCAUAAACAGUUUUCCACCUCGUCAAUUGACUUGACCCCUCUGGACAUUGACACUUUGCCAACACGACAAGCACUGGAGCAAAUCAGUGAUUUCAGGAACACUCAUAUUACCACAACCACCUUUAUCCCAGAGCAGAUCCAGACUCUUAGCCGCACACUGUCAGCUAAAGCUGCCUCUGGUUUCGCUUUUGGCAAUGUGCCUGAGCACCGAACUGGCCCUUUUAGGCACAGGGCACCUAAUGGGGGCUUUUUCAGGAGUCCUAUAAAAACAAUGUCAUCUAUUCCUUAUCAACCAACUCCUACCCUGGGGCUCAAUCUGGGUAGCGAUCCAGACCGAGGCACCUCCAUAUGAGCAUCAAACAAAAAUCUCUUCACUGUUUCUUUUGUAGGACUCCCUUUGCAAGGAGCAACUGUAAUGUUGUGGGACUAACAUGGAUGUAACAUUUUUCUUUUUAAUCAGGAUUAUUAGUAACAAUUCUAGCUCUCCCUCCUCCCUCUUCUAUUUCUGUCUCUCUCUCUCUCUCUUUUUCCCUCUCUUCUGAUACAUCUCCUUCUGCUAUUAUUCAUUACUCUAUUUGUUCCCCCAGAAUAUAGUGUACUAGGAUCCAAUUAGUCCGCUUUUCAUAUACUGUACUUCAAGUAUAGGAAAUGUGCACUGGGAAUACUAAACGUAUAUAUGCAGGAUUAAUUUUACAUAAAGGCCUCUUACGUAACAUUUCUCUAUUUUUUGAAGAUAUAAUUGCAAUAACUUCAGUCUUUUACAUUCUUCUGCUGCAUCCAUACAAUGCUCCACUGCUGUUCAGUGUCCUUUAACUGUGGACCAAAGGCAACCCCUGCAGUGUCUAUAAAAUACUUCAAAGACCAUUCAGGCCACAUAAUAUGAGAAUGCAAUUUUGUAGGAUUACAAAAAAAGCCAUUAAUAUGCCAGUCAAGACUACAGUUAAAAUUACUCUUGCACUGCAACAGUGCAUAUGACCUUUAUGUGAUUGUACAGUAUUAAAAGUUUUUUCUUAUGUACAGUAAACUUUAUCAUAUGGCAGAAGCCUCUAUUGUGUUAAAUAAAUUAGUAUCUCAUACAUAUACAUAUAUAUGCACCUAUAUAAUGUGUAUAUAUAUUGAAAGGCGGCCAUUGCUAUUGCAAUUCAUUUAAUAAAGCUUUAGUUUUAAAAAAAAAAAGUAUUGUAUACAGGAACUAUGUAUAGUGCAGGGGGUCUUUUCAGUUAGAAAAGGCAGGUUGCUUUAAUGUUAUUCUGAUUCGCAUUGUUUGCCAACAGAGAAUAUUUUAUACUUUUGUUAUUAAAACAUCCAGAGCGAUUUACUAUUUGUUCCUAGAUGUAACUCAUUUGAAUAGGUUUUGCAUUUGUUACUCAGCAGUGCAUAAAGCUAACCUUGGUAAUAAUUUUACUUUUAAUUCAUUAUCUAAAUGGGGAAAGCGAUUAGCCGAACCACAUCCGCAACAGCACAUAGAGCUCUAUGAGAGUUUAAACAUAGAUCAUUGAAGGUUGAUAAAGUCUCUUCCAAAGCAGUAAGCCAAUUAACACAACUGUAGUUGGGGAGAGGUGGGAGCCCUGAAGAAAUAUUGAUGUGGCCUUAAUUACCGUCAUACGUUAUCUUAAAAAAGAAAAUAUAAUAACCAUACUGGGCUCUCUACUAAACCCCCUUUUUUAUUUGGUUCUAUUUGGAGGAGUUACGUAUUUUCUACAUUAGUGCCAAGUGUCUAGAAGGAUGACAGCAAAAACAGUGCCUCUUUGUGCACAACCCUUUUAAAGCAGCAUUCUUACCUGUUAGAGAUGUAAAAUGAACUUUGUUUGUAAUCCUUAAAUUAAAACGUGAUAAGUAGGAAGCGAGAACUUAUCCUGUGUUCUUAGCAGCCAUACACUUAUUUUACUCUAAUUCAUUCUGUGGCUAGGAUUGAUGUAGGAACCAACGUAUGUGAUUUGCUUUAGAAGAAAUUAAAAAGUAUAUUCUUAAGGUAUAUUAUAUUUUGAUGCUAAUUCUGUUCUGGGGAGCAUCUUGUACUGUCACUGUUUUUGUACUAAAUCUUCAAAUAUUGUCUACUGUGUAAGGCAGAAAAAUUUCUUAUCAUGCAAAAACCAUUUUGUUUCCAGGGUAACAAGUACUUAAGUGCAUGCACAACUUGUUUUCCCUUGUAACACUCAUGAUCUCAUCCACGACUCUGAUUUUAAAA